UGAAACUUGCGGCCAGACGAGCAGACCAGGUCGAGGAAGUGGACGAAGUAGACGAUGAAGACGAGAAGUCCAGAUUCAAAGGAACCAUGAUCAUCCUCUCAAUUUAACAGCAGGCCGUAACCAAGUCGCCGUCUAGUCAAGAUGUCACUGAUGUAACUACCAGGGAGUUGGUCCGAUGGCGGUUGUAUCGACGUCAAGGUUUACCCAGACGAAGGCCAUCCUGCACUGGAGAUUAGCUAGUUAGUGAGAAAAGCAGAAGGACUCGUUUCAGGGAGUUGAAGUAACCAGCGAGCCGCUUGUCUGGUGGAGAUUACCUGGCUGGAGUCGAUCAUGGAGGCCAGGAACCCCAGGACUCAAGACAAGAUGAUAGAGUAUAAACGACUGGUUCUAUAUCCUGUCCCUCGACUAGACACUCAAUUCCACAGUAUAUAUAUAUCCAGGACAUCUAUGUUAUGCAUAUGCAUGCGCGCAGGAGGGAUACCAGCUAAUAACCUGAUGCAGGGGUCGAAAAGGAUGCAAAGAAUCAGGGGUAGACAAGGCUAUAGAGAGAGAAGCCCCAGAGUCGGCGUAAUCGAUCAUAUACAGAGCUGUCAAGUAAAGAGAUAUACAGGAGAGCAAGAAGAAGCCAUACAGAAGGUCCUUGGAAGUAAUACUAGCUAAUAGUCGUCAUAAUUUAGUCCCGAUAUUUCUCUUCUACUCCAUUUUGCGUCCAUGAUUUUGAACAGGAGAAUAAUAACAGUAAAAGAU